GCUUUUCUUAACCACCCCGUAUUAUUUUACUGAACCAUGUCUUCAACUUAUACGUUCAAAUGGCCUUCUGGUCCUAAAGAUGUUAUCGUGACCGGCACCUUUGACGAAUGGUCAAAGAGCCUUCCCUUGGUCAAGCAGGCUGAUGGCUCUUUUGAGUUGACUGUUCCAUUUGCCGAUGAUGUCCGCGUCUUGUACAAGUACGUUGUCGACGGCGAGUGGCUCACUAACUCUGCCCAAUCAAUUGACACCGACAGCAACGGAAUCGAGAACAAUGUCUUGACUGCGGAUGUCUUGACUGCUGCCAACCCCAACUCGCAGAUCCCUGAAGCUGGUGGCUUGGAAGUCAAGUCCGGCUUGCUCAGCACCACUGUCAUGCCAUCCACUGAGGGUGAGCAGACAACUUUGGGUGAACCCGGCAUUGUCAUCCCAACCGAUAAGGACCAAUUGGCUGCCUUCACCACCUUUGAGAACACUGAACGGGACUUGAACACCAAGGCGGCCGAGGCGCCAGAGGCUGCCGCUGUUUUGACCCCGGAGGAGAAGAAAAAACAGAAGAAGAAAUUGAAGAGAACCAAAUACAAGCUCAACAAGAAGGCCAAGGUUGCCCAGUCGACCGAAACCUCUUCGAGCACGGAGUCUUCUCCAGUUCCAGAGGAGGAGGUUGCUGGUAUCGCUGCGGCGGCCGCUGUGGUUGAAGAAACAGUGAUCGUCCCAGCAGAGGCCAUCACCACCGCAGACGAGCCUGCUGCCGAGGCGGCUGAUGUUGUCCAGAAAUCUGUCUCUGGUGAAUCUGAAACUGCAGUGGAAGAGAAGGAGCCUGCCCCAUACUCGCUCGCCGAGAAGGACAUUACUGCCCCUGCUGUUGUUCCAGUCGAGGCCGAAUCUGACACUCAGGCCCCCGCCGAGGCGGACAAGGAGCCUGCUCCUUAUGCCCUUGCUGAGGAUGACAUUGCGCAGCCCACGGUUGUGCCAGCCGACGAGAAGGCAGCCGAGGAGAAGAAGGAGGAGGAAACGAGAGAGACGCUUGACCCCGGUGUGACUCGCGCUGUGGGCACCGGUGCUGUUGCUGGUGCCUUGGCGGGUGUUGUUGCGUCUGAAAUCUCGCAGCAGAAGGCCGUCGAACCCACGAUCCAGCCAGCCAUUGGAGAGCCCAUCGAGAGCCCAAAGGAGUUGGCUGCGCCAGUAGCUGCUGCCCCAGAUGCCGCAAGCAGCGAGAACGGCUCUGCCGCGCCGGCCUCCACCAAGGAGGUUACCGCCUUGCCCGUCAACGGUGCUAAACACGAGUCCGAAGAGGAGAUCAUCAUUGCGCAGGGCGGCCACGACCUCAAGGCGAUCGAGAAGCAAAUUGCUGCUGGGGAGCAAGGCCCAGUCAGCGUGGAACAGCUCCAGCCGACCGUGUCGGAGGCCAAGCAGUUGGUCGAGGAGGCGCACAUUCCGCUGGAGGAGGUCCAGGCCGAGCCCGUUCCUGCCAAGCAGAAGAACAGUGCCUCUUCAGGCGGCAAGGUGCCCAAGACAGACAAGGAGAAGAAGAAGAGGGGCUUUUUCUCCAAGCUCAAGAAGAUGUUCAAGUGAAGAGGUUGAGAGACUCCAGCUCACAUCGAACCCAUCCACUAUCGCUGACCACGCAGCGCCGGGCCGCUCACAAUAGCCCCACAAGGAGAGCCUUGACAUCCUGUGCUAAUCCCCGACCAGACCUUCUGUUGACCUCCGUUUUUGUUCCUUUGUAGUUUAUGUAAUCCUACGUCUAAUUUAUGAUGAGAGUGCUCGUCCACGGCCCUCCCGGCUUCCCGGCUACUGACAACGGCAUCAAAC